AUGGCUGACUAUAUUGAGAAGCUAUUUAAAAGUGCGGGAUUUUCUUUUCUUGCUCCAUCAGAUAAAGAGCUCACAGAGAAGCUGCCUGACAUUGCAUCACGCAAUCCCACAGUUUUUGCAGGUGUAGACGUAUUUUAUGUCGUAAUAUCAAUAAACUUUAAAAGAUGGCUCUUACCUCAAAAUUACAAUCUGAACUAUGCGGAAAUCAAAGCACUUAUGGAAUCUGAUAAUUUGAAAAGAAAAUCAACUUAA